AUGUCGUACGGACAGUACAAUCCCUAUUCCGGGCCCCCUGCUCAGGAUGCUGGGCAGGGCUAUGGUGAGGCGAAUCCUUAUGGAGGCCAGUAUGAGAUGCAAAACUACAACAACCAGCAGCAGUACCAGCAACCACCACAGCAGCAGUAUGAUGGGUCUUCACAGCAACAGCCUACACAAGAUUCGGUUUUGACGCAGAUUAAGCAAUUGCGCGAGGCCAUUGAUAGAAUGCCAGCCUCCACUCAGCAUAUUGGCGACCAGUAUCGGGCUGUUCUUGGUAGCCCAGAUGGGAGAGGUAAAAACGAGCUCGAGCGCGCUGAAGCUGAUGCACAUGCUUCCCAUGUAGCCAUCAAGGAUGGCAUCAAGCAGCUUGAGCGUGAUAUUAAGAGUAGCCCCGCAAGCAGCCGCAACGUUGGGAAACAGCAAUUACCGGCGCUUAAGGAAACUUUCAAGCAAAAUCUAGAGACGCAUCGGCAAAUGGAGUACAGGAGCAAGGAGGACUACAAAAACCAGAUCGUGCGCCAGUUGGGGGCUAUCAAACCAGCAGAUCAACCUCCAACUGACGAUGAAAUUGAUCAAGUCAUGCGAGGGAAUGUGCGAAUUUUCGAGUCGGCGCUCCACGGCCAUCGACGAGAGCAAGCUAAUGCUGUAUUGGGUAAUGUCAAAGCUCGCCAUAACGAAAUUCAGCGCAUUGAACAAGACAUGGCCGAAAUUACACAACUGCAAGCCGAACUGGCGGCCAUGGUGGAAGAACAAGACGCGACCGUCAUGGAUAUUGAGCAAAACGCCGAACACACCGUUGACAACAUGGAGGCAGGAAACCAGCAAGUCAAGAUCGCAACAGACCAUGCUCGUCGUGCCCGUAAACUCAAGUGGUGGUGUCUCGUCAUUGUCGUCAUCAUCAUUAUCGUUGUCGCCCUUGGUGUCGGUCUAGGCAUCUGCCUCAACAGCAACAAGUGCGGUAGCAAGUAA